UUCCCCCCCCCCCCCAUCUGGAAGUUGAUUUUUGCUUUCUUUUCCGCUCCGGUGAGAUCCCGUUGGUUAUCAAAUCGAACACGCCUAGCGGCCCUGUGCUUGACAGGAAAAGUUUAAAAAGCCGACGUUGUCGCUCUCGUAUUCACGAAAUCCUCAAGGUCAAACAAGCAGUCCUCUUCAAACUCCUCCCCCCUUCCUCCUUCCCCAUCUCCCCCUUUCUCCUCUUCCUUGUCGCGUUUUCUAAGCCUAUCAUGUAUCGCUCUACGCUCUUGGCUCUGGCUAGCCUGUGCCUCAAUGUCUUCGCUGCAGACGUAGACACAAGCAUGGGCGCUGCCGCCUUCCUGUGGCCCACCGACCGUACCUGGGGUGCUUCUGUGGACACAACGGCUCCUUGUGGUUCCAACGCGGGCGUCACCACUCGUACCACGUUCCCUCUGACGAACGGUGCCGUGUCGAUUGUUAUGCAAGAUGAGGCCUACGACGUCAGAAUCGCCAUUGCCUACUCUGACAACCCCACCAGCAACUCCGACUUUACGACUCUCAUCCCCGGAACUGAUAUCCCAGAAGUCGAGCCCGGCCAUGAAUGCUACUCCAUCUCCAACCCCCCCUCAACGGUGACGGCAGGCUCGAACGCGACCAUCCAGCUGAGAUACGUCGCCGCCUUCGAGAGCACCACCAACCACACCUACUACGCGUGCGCCGAUAUCGUGUACGCCACGUACUCUGCUUCGGACGCUGACCCGUACUGCUUCAACGUCUCCGAGACAACCACGACCACCGCCACGACCACCACAACAGCCACCGCUACCGCUACCGCCAAGGCCAAAUCCGGCCUCUCCGGCGGCCAGAUCGCAGGUAUCGUCGUGGGUAGUGUUGUCGGUGCUGCUCUCGCCGCCGGUCUGCUCUUCAUCCUUUGGACCCGCUACAUGCGCAAGGUCGCCCGUGAUAAGGUCGUCGCCGUCCGCAUGAACGACUGGACUGCCGCCAACAAACAGGGACAGGAGGCUCAAGCGGCGGCGACGGCGAAUCGCCCGAGUACGAACGAGACGGCCGUCUAGAAACAGGUAUACUUAUAUGUAUACACCCUUAAACUACAUAUGUAUAUAUGUAUAAUCUAGUUACUCCUAGUUAUGAGAAAAUAAUGAAUGAUGAGUGUGUUGUUG